GCCACUCAAAGGCUAGAAAUGUCAUUUUGUGCUGGACCUGCACCUCAUAAAACAGAGGCCUCAUAGAGUAAGGGAAACCCAAGUCCAUAACUUCUUAAAACAGAAAUAGAAGCAUUGCAGUUAAGUUAGUUGACAGUUACAUACAACCCCAAAUAGGCCAACAGACCCAUCAACCAUGGCUGCAAUGCUUCAGCUAAGUCCUCCGCUCUCAGCCACCCAACUAACCAAAGCGAAGCUCAUAAGCACAUGCGCCGAAAUGGGCACCUUCGAAAGGUGUUUGGAGAGAGAUGUAUUCAUUGGGAAUUCUUUGAUUUGCUUUGAUGCAGAAUGUGGGCACUUGGAUUGUGCCCGGAAGGUGUUUGAUGGAAUGCUUGAUAGAAACACUGCGUCGUGGACUAAUCAGAGAGGCUUGAAGCUCAGACUUGAAAACAAUCUUUAGAGUUCAAGCUUCAAAGUGCCAGAGCUGAUAAUAAUUCCAAGAUUUUUCAGGUUUAUUUUUCCUCUUUUUUCUCAGAUUCUGCAGGUAUAUUGUUUUUAUAAGGCUAUGGUUGACAUUUGUUGGUUUUUCUAAGCUUUUAAUUCGUAGUGGUUAGUAACAUUUGGAAUUAGCACAAUGGUAGUUGCAUAAAUUAAUCAGCAUAUAUGGAUGGCAUUUGGGGUCAACAUACUGGCACCUUAAGAAAGAGGAGCAAUUACCUCUAGCUAUGUUAGCAAAGAACUUUGAUCUUAGCAAACGGCUCCAUGGAUUGAUGGCAAUUUUAAUUUGUACAUGUGUUAAAGUCGGACUGCAUGUAUUCCAUUGCAGUGAUCAAGUGGGAUGAUUGAUGAGACUGAUUGUCUGCAGAGUCAUAGGAAAGAGGCUGCUGCUGGAAGAGUACAUAUAUACCUGUAUUUGUAUUCAUGAACACUUAUACAAUAUGCAAGGCAGAAAAGGGCAAGAUCUAUCUUGAUUUUUACUGCAUUAGAAGUGCUACCGUGUUACUCCCAUUACCAUGUAUAUCAUGUACAAUCAACUCUGGAAUAUUUUGAUGAGCAUUGAAUGAAGAAAAAUUCAUACUUUAGCCUGGCAAGUGUAACUUCAUAAUUGAACAUAUGGCUCGGUCUUUACACGAUAAGAACUAUAUAGGUUCAUUGAAAUUGAUAUAUACAGUGAAUUGGUCUCACUGUUUUCGGCGAAAAUUGAUGAUCAGGGAGGAAUUAAGUAUAGAAAUAUCAGAAGACAGCCACUGGCCAUGGGAAGGGAUGCAGAUUCUUGCCAACUCCGAAUAAAGUAGCUAGAAGCAAAAAUGUUUGCUGUUUCCCUUGGUUGUGCGCCUUGUGCUUACAUUAUUUUCCUAGGUUCUCAUGUGCCAAUCCAUCGAAACAUAUCAUAUUUGCACCAUGUUGCCUUGGAUUAACCAAUCCUUUCUUAGGAACAGUUCCAUAGAUGACAGCAAUUUUGAUUUCCAAAAGUGUUCUUCAAAGGGGCCAGCUGCAUUUCUUUAUGUAUCUAUAUGUAAUCAUCUUCUAAUAAAUUCCUGAAUCUUUUCCUUUUCGUUUUCCUUUUCCAAGUUCUUAAUUUUUUUUAUGUUUUAUUUUUAACUUAGGAGGAUGUGGUAAAACUGUCUCUUUGGUGCUGGUUUUGUGUGAUUAUGUUGCAGAAUAACAGACGUAUUACUGUUUUAUUCAUUCAUAAUUCUACAUGUUAGAAAACAUUGAAAAAUAGCUCAUUCUUUAGCAAACUGAUUCUUCCUUUGUAAAUUUAAAAAGUAGUUGAAAGGAUCGGAGUACCCUCAAUUUGAAGACCUAUAAACAGAGGUCUCAAGUAUCUCAGAUCUAAAGGGUUCUUCAAAAGGUCUAAUUGCAUUUCUUUUCCAUUGAAAUGAGUAACAGAGGUGGUUGCUGCAUAUAUUGCUCGUGUCAAUACUGUGUGAUUAUAAAUGCUUUCUUCUCCAUGGUCACUACAUUCUUUUUUUAAUCAACAUUGAUAAUUUCCUUGUCCCAUUAAGCAUCAAAGUAAUGAUAUUUCAAGUCUCCGAAGGCAUCGCAAAGAGUCCAAGUCAAAAAGAAGCUGCUGCUUGGCAAGUGCGCCUCGUGAGAAGUUGCAACUUGCAAAGAAAGGAAAACAUUUAAAAAAUCUUGGAGGUUCUCAUUUAGUCAUUUUCAAUCUCACAUUCACAUUGCAGCAGGCACGAAGAAACUACCUACUCGAGAGUUGAGAUCUCAGAUCUACAAUACAAAAGAACUCUAGUCAGUCAGAUCUACAAUACAAAAGAUCUCAGAUCGAGCACAGCAAACCAAGCAGAAUAUGGCUUCUCUGAUCACUGAAGCAGCAGCAGCCAGUUCUUCAUCUUCUUCUCUCACUCUUUCUUCUACUGAUCACCAAAAUCAUUACACAUACGAGGUGUUCCUGAGUUUUCGAGGCGAGGAUACGCGUUCUAAUUUUACAGAUCAUUUGUAUACCGCUUUGUUUGACAGGGGAAUUCAGACCUUCAGAGAUGCUGAUAAGCUUAGAAGAGGAGAAGAAAUAUCAGCGGCACUUCUCAAAGCAAUUGAGGAGUCCAGAGUUUCAAUCAUUGUCUUCUCUCAAAACUAUGCUUCCUCAAGGUGGUGUUUGGAUGAACUCAUCAAGAUACUUGAAUGUAGAAAAUCUGAAGGACAAGAGGUUAUACCAGUUUUCUACAAGGUGGAUCCCUCACAUGUACGACACCAAACAGGUGCUUUCGGUGACGCAUUUGCCAUGCUUGAUCAAUGCAAAUACAAGGGUAGCAUUGGCAAAUGGAGGGAAGCUCUUUCAGAUGCAGCAAAUUUGUCUGGAUGGACUUACGAGGAAGACCGGUCCGAAGCUGAAUUUAUCAAGAAGAUUGUUAGGGACUUGUCCGCCCGAGUAGUAAACCCUUUAUAUGACUUGGAUGUUGCUGAACAUCCAAUUGGAUUAGAGUCUUGUAUACAAGAUGUCAACAGUCUUUUAAAAGUUGAAGAAAAUAUUAUUCGCAUGGUGGGCAUAUGGGGGACUGGUGGAAUAGGAAAAACUACAAUUGCGAAAGCUGUGUUUAAUUCAAUUCGCCAUAAGUUUGAAUCUUGCUGUUUCUUGACAGAUGUUAGGUCAAAAGGCCUAGUCCAACUGCAAGAGACACUUUUGUCUGAUAUUUUAAACUCAAGUUUGAAGUUGAGCAGUGUGGAUCAAGGAGUCAGUUUUAUAAAGACAAGGAUGCGACAUAAAAAAGUUCUCUUAAUCCUUGAUGACGUGAGUGAUUCUAGCCAAUUAAAGAACUUAGUUCCAUCCCCUGAUUGUUUUGGCCCGGGUAGUAGAAUUCUCAUAACAACAAGAGAUAAACGCUGUCUAACUGCUCAUCAAGUUAAUGAAGUAUACGAGGUCAAAAUUUUAGAUGAAGAUCAAGCUUUGGAGUUGUUUAGCCUGAAUGCAUUCAAAAGUAAUGGACCUCCACAUGCUUACCUAGAACUUGCACGACGUGCGGUACGCUAUGCCCAAGGCCUUCCAUUAGCUUUGAUAGUUUUAGGCUCCCAUCUAUUUAAUAGAAGCACAGAGGAGUGGAAAGCUACAAUAGGUAGUUGUAAAGGAGGUCCUCAGGCAGCUAUACAGAAAGUUCUCAAACUAAGUUAUGAUGCUCUAGAAAAGGAUUUGCAAGAACUAUUUCUUGAUAUUGCUUGCUUCUUUAAAGGUAAGCAUGCAGCCAAUGUGAAACCAAUACUAGAAGCUUGCCACGACCACAAAACAAUGGUGAUUGGUAUUGCACAACUGCAAGAAAAAGCCUUGAUAAGAAUUAACAGAGAUAAUUACAUUUGGAUGCAUGACUUGAUAGAAGAAAUGGGUAAAGACAUAGUGUAUCAAGAGUCACCUGAUGAACCCGGGGAACGUAGCAGGGUGUGGAGUGAAGAAGAUGUCAACGACGUUCUAACAAAUAAUACAGGAACAAAUAAAGUUAAAGGCAUCCAGGUCUCGUGGCGAUCAUCUACGAUAUCUUUGAAUGCUAAAAGCUUCUCAGAGAUGAAGAAGCUUAGAUAUAUUUCUAUGAGAAGAAUAUCCUUUUCUGGAGAUAUUGAUUAUCUCUCCGACCAGUUGAGGUGGCUUGAUUGGCAAGAAUGUCCGUUGCAAUCUUUUCCAUCCGAUUUUAAUGCAAACAGACUUGUAAAUCUCGAUAUUUCUUGGAGUUGCGGAAUCACAAGACUAUGGGAGGGACGUAAGAAUUUUUCAAGGCUAACAUGUAUGAAUUUAAUUUGUUGUACAUCCCUAAAGGAACUCCCAGACUUGAGUGGAAUCCCUAACUUGAAAGAGUUGGAUCUAUCUGGGUGUACCAGUUUAGUUGAGGUUCCUGAUUCUAUUGGAUUGCUUGAUAAGCUUGUUACCUUGACUGCUGACGGUUGCUCUAACCUUAUUAUGUUCCCAAGAAAAAUCAACUUGAAAUCUGUAGAAACAAUCUAUAUUAGCUAUUGCAAGCUUGAGGAAUUUUCAGAAGUCGGCGAAGAGAUGGGUUUAUUGAGAAGUUUGCAUCUAAUAGGCACUUGCAUUAAAGAAUUGCAUUCGUCCAUUGCAAAACUAAUUAGGCUGGAAGAGUUGGAACUACGGAAUUGUAAAAAUCUUACAUUUCUGUCGUAUAAUAUUUAUGAGUUGCACAAUCUAAAGAGUCUUGAAGCGAGUGGAUGCUCAAAACUGGCUACAUUUCCAAAAAUUCCAGUAAAGAUGGAUUCCUUGAGACGACUCUCUCUUGAAGGUAGUGACAUAAGAGAAUUGGAUGAGUCAAUUGAAAAUCUCAUUGGGCUUGAAGAGUUGGAUCUUACUGAUUGCAAAAAUCUCACAGCUCUACCGUGCAGCAUUUAUGGGUUACACAAUCUAAAGAGUCUUGAAGCGAGUGGAUGCUCAAAACUGGCUACAUUUCCAAAAAUUCCAGUAAAAAUGGAUUCCUUGAGACGACUCUCUCUUAAAGGUAGUGACAUAAGAGAAUUGGAUGAGUCAAUUGAAAAUCUCAUUGGGCUUGAAGAGUUGGAUCUUAUUGAUUGCAAAAAUCUCACAACUUUACCGUGCAGCAUUUAUGGGUUGCACAAUCUAAAUAGUCUUGAAGCGAGUGGAUGCUCAAAACUGGCUACAUUUCCAAAAAUUCCAGUAAAGAUGGAUUCCUUGAGACGACUCUCUCUUGAAGGCAGUGACAUAAGAGAAUUGGAUGAGUCAAUUGAAAAUAUCAUUGGGCUUGAAGAUUUGGAUCUUACUAAUUGCAAAAAUCUCACAACUCUACCGUGCAGCAUUUAUGGGUUGCACAAUCUAAAGAGUCUUGAAGCUAGUGGAUGCUCAAAACUGGCUACAUUUCCAAAAAUUCUAGUAAAGAUGGAUUCCUUGAGACUGCUCUCUCUUAGAGGCAGUGACAUAAGAGAAUUGGAUGAGUCAAUUGAAAAUCUCAUUGGGCUUGAACAUUUGGAUCUUACUGAUUGCAAAAAUUUCACAACUCUACCGUGCAACAUUUAUGGUUUGCAAAAUUUAGGGUACCUUGAUCUUGGUGAAUGCUCAAAACUUGCCAGAUUUCCAACAAAUACCAAACUUUUGAAUGUCAAUGGUUGCUCACCAUCACUUCCCAAGCUACACACGUUCAGUAUCGCAGGAUGCAGUUUAUUAUCAGAUUGUGAUUUCCUGAUGACUCUUGAUUGCUGGGAAACAUUAGAGUGGCUUAAUCUGUCAAGAAACAAUUUUGUUAGUCUUCCUGCUUGCCUCACCAAAUUUGUCAACUUGUGGAUGCUUGACUUGUAUGGUUGCAAGAGACUCCGAGGAAUUCCGGAGCUUCCACCAAACGUUGAACCAAAUCGUGGAGCUGUGAUAGAGGCGGCGUCGCCGUGAAUUGAAGAGCCAACUCCGUCGUCAUGGCGGCUAUCUUUGUCUUCCGAAACUUCGAAACGACACCGUAGCGCGGAAGAACCAUCACCGGCUGAGUUGUCAUGGCUCUCUCUCUCUCUCUCUCUCUCUCUCUCUCUCUCUCUCUCUCUCUCUCUCUCCGGAACCAACACCAGUGAAUCCUCCGAAACGACAACGCACUGCCGGCGAUGGGCAAGCAUCAAUGGUCCAUUCUGCUCAUGAAAUGGCUCCAUGAGAGUGGCUGGCUUUGGUGGCUUUCGUCUGCGAAUGACGAUUAUCACCAUCAACAAGAGCAGCAGGAGCAUCCGAUUUCUCUACAACUCCCAUCACUCAAUUAGUCCGCAGCUUCAACACCAUGAGGAACCAACUGAGUUGUUAAGGCUUUCUCUGUCUUCAGAACCAAAAAAACAUCGUGGCGCAGUUAAAGGUGAUCAAGACCAGUGGCUCUCUUUGAACUCUGAAGCAUCCACUUCAGUGUUUAGACAAUAAUAUCAUUUAGUUGAGACACAGAGGUUUAAAAUCCCACCUCCUAUUUAGAAAGAUUUCAACAUUUCUCAGGUUUGGGUAUGACCCUGUUUUGAGGCUGUCUUCAUCUGCUAUUUACUCAUCAAUCUUUUGUUUGUUUAUUCCGUUUGCAGUGGGGACUAUAGAUUUUGCACUUGGAAAGGUUACAGACUCUGGCCAAGUUGGCUACAUGGUGAUUGUUGAUCUCCUGAAUUUGAGAUAACCGCAAAUGAGCUAGAGGCAAAGAAGUUCUAGCCUGGCUUUGGCUAAGAAUCUUGCUUCAAGGUGAUGCGGCAGGUGUGUGCUGACCUUCUUGAGGAAAAUGGAACUGGUUUUCAUUGUUUCAAAGGAUGGAAUUGAUACUGUGACAGUGGUAUGCUGAUACGAAUGCUGAGCAAUAAGCUACCGAAAGGCAGACAUUUGAUUGGGGAUAGUGUGGUUUACAAUGUGGGUGUUUGGUUACCCCAGGAGUUUCAGCCGCAGCUAGAAGUUACCCCUAUAAUUAAGUAUGUUUCGGAUCCUCAGAUUGUGUUGGGCCACUAAAUUGUGGUGAAUAAGUCACAUAUAUAUGCUAUGGAUUGAAGCAGGGGAAUAUUCGGGUUUUGAAUAUACACACUGCAUUGAGUUUGUUGUUUCAAGCUGAUACACAGAUGAAGAAGGUGCGCCACAAAUCACAGGAAAGAUUGUUAUGGCCAUUCAAAUAGUUGGUGAGGGGGAAGCUGUUCAUCCACGAGUUUGGCGGCACUGUCAUAAACAAGAGGUUUUGGUUGUUCAUGUUGGGAAGCGUUUUUACAAAUUGUUACUACUAAAGUUGCAAAGGGUGAAGUCCCUUCUGCUGAGGAUCCUAUUAAAUGUCCUGUUGAAAAACUUAUUGAUGGGGUCCAAAUAUUUGGUGGUAAACAUGAUGGAGAGGUGACAGAUUUAUUAAUGUGCCAAUGGAUGACCACCCGGUUGGUUUCUGCUUCUAUGGAUGGAACUAAGGACGGCUUUUUGUCUGGAAAAUUUCUGAAGGUCUAGACGAAGAAGGUACACCACAAAUCACAAGAAAGAUUGUUAUGGCCAUUCAACUAGUUGGUUAGGGGGAAGCUGUUCAUCCACAAGUUUGUUGGCACUGUCAUAAACAACAGGUUUUGGUUGUUCGAGUUGGGAAGCGUGUUCUACAAAUUGAUACUACUAAAGUUGCAAAGGGUCCCUUCUGCUGAGGAUCCUAUUAAGUGUCCUGUUGAAAAGCUUAUUGAUGGGGUCCAAUUUGUUGGUAAACAUGACGGAGAGGUGACUGAUUUAUCAAUGUGCCAAUGGAUGACCACCCGGCUGGGUUCUGCUUCUAUGGAUGGAACUAUAAAGAUCUGGGAAGAUCGCAAGUAACAACCACUUUUAGUACUGAGACCCUAUGAUGACCUUCCUGUUUAUUCAUCUAAACUUGUGACGGCUCCCAACAUGCUUGAUCACAUCAUGCUUAUAACAGUGGGCCCACUUAAUCGGGAAGUGAAGAUUUGGUCCUCAGCGAGUGAAGAAGGCUGGCUGCUUCCCAGUGAUGCUGAGUCAUGGAAAUCUACCUAGACCUUAAGAGUUAAAGAGCUUUGCUCAACCUCGAGUUGAGGAUGCAUUCUUUAAUCAAGUCAUAGCAUUGUCACAAGCUGGCCUUCUUUUACUUGCAAAUGCUAAGAAGAAUGCUAUAUAUGCCAUGCACUUAGACUUAGGUGGUGGGCCAGCAUCUACACGUAUGGAUUACAUCGCAAAAUUUACUGUUACAAUGCCUAUUUUGAGCUUUACUGGGACAAGUAUAUCACCUCAUGGUGAACAAAUUUAUUGUGUCCAAACACAAGCCAUUCAACAGUAUGCUUUGGACUUAUCCAAGUGCAUACCUCCCCCAUUCUGUAGCGUGUACUAAACAAGUUUCUGAAUUAGAUUAGCAUUCUACUAGUCAUAUAAACAGAAAAUCUUUGAAAGUUAGUUCAUUUAAAUUUAAAUUGAUUACAUUAAA